GGUCUCGAUGGAGCGCGACGGCUGCGCGGGGGGCGGGAGCCACGGUGGCGGCUGUGAGGGAGGGCGCGGCUCCCGGGAGGACCCGGCGGGGAACGGCCGCGACCCGAGCCGCGGCCACGCGUCCCCGGCGCCCGGGGACCCGCAGGCGGCCGCGUCCCUGCUGGCCCCCAUGGACGUGGGGGAGGAGCCGCUGGAGAAGGCGGCGCGCGCCGGCGCGGCCAAGGACCCCAACACCUACAAAGUGCUCUCGCUGGUAUUGUCAGUCUGUGUGCUAACAGUAAUCCUUGGUUGUAUAUUUGGGUUGAAACCAAGCUGUGCCAAAGAAGUUAAAAGUUGCAAAGGUCGCUGUUUUGAGAGGACAUUUGGGAACUGUCGCUGUGAUUCUGCUUGUGCUGACCUUGGGAACUGCUGUCUGGAUUACCAGGAGACGUGCAUAGAACCAGAACGUAUAUGGACGUGCAGCAAAUUCAGGUGUGGUGAGAAAAGGUUGUCCAGAAGCCUUUGCUCCUGUUCGGAUGACUGCAGGGACAAAGAUGACUGUUGCAUCAACUACAGCUCUGCAUGUCUAGGUGAGAAAAGUUGGGUACAAGAAACAUGUGAGAACAUUAAUGAGCCACAGUGUCCAGCAGGGUUUGAAAUGCCUCCUACCCUCUUAUUUUCUUUGGAUGGUUUCAGGGCAGAAUAUUUACACACUUGGGGUGGACUUCUUCCUGUUAUCAACAAACUGAAAACCUGUGGAACUUAUGCUAAAAACAUGAGACCAGUGUAUCCAACAAAAACUUUCCCCAAUCACUACAGCAUUGUCACAGGACUUUAUCCAGAAUCCCACGGCAUAAUUGACAAUAAAAUGUACGAUCCCAAAAUGAACGCUUCUUUUGCACUUAAAAGUAAAGAAAAAUUUAAUCCUAAGUGGUACAAAGGAGAACCAAUUUGGCUCACAGCUAAAUAUCAAGGCCUGAAGGCUGGCACGUUUUUUUGGCCAGGAUCGGAUGUGAAAAUCAAUGGACUUUUCCCAGACAUUUAUAAAAUAUAUAAUGGUUCAGUACCAUUUGAAGAAAGAAUUUUAGCAGUUCUUAAGUGGCUGCAGCUUCCUAAGGAUGAAAGACCCCACUUUUACACUCUGUAUUUAGAAGAACCAGAUUCUUCAGGUCAUUCGCAUGGACCCGUCAGCAGUGAAGUCAUCAGAGCUUUGCAGAGGGUGGACAACAUGGUCGGCAUGCUGAUGGAUGGUCUAAAGGGGCUGAACCUGCAUCGAUGCCUGAACCUGAUUCUUAUUUCAGAUCAUGGCAUGGAACAAGCCAGUUGUAAGAAAUAUGCGCACCUGGAUAAAUAUUUGGGAGAUGUUAAAGAUAUUAAACUUGUAUAUGGACCAGCAGCUCGACUGAGACCCUCUGAUGUUCCAGAUAAAUACUAUUCGUUUAACUAUGAAGGCCUUGCCAGAAAUCUUUCUUGCCGGGAACUAAACCAGCACUUCAAGCCUUACCUGAAACAUUUCCUACCCAAGCGUUUGCACUUUGCCAAAAAUGACAGGAUUGAGCCCUUGACGUUCUAUUUGGACCCUCAGUGGCAGCUGGCAUUGAAUCCUCCGGCAGAGAAACAUUGUCAAGGUGGAUUUCAUGGCUCUGACAACGUAUUUUCAAAUAUGCAAGCCCUCUUCAUUGGCUAUGGACCUGGAUUUCAACAUGGUGCUGAAGUGGACUCCUUUGAAAAUAUUGAAGUUUAUAACUUAAUGUGCGAUUUACUGAAUUUGAUACCAGCUUCCAAUAAUGGAACUCAUGGCAGUCUUAACCACCUUCUAAAGAAUCCCAUUUACACUCCAACACAUCCCAAAGAAGUCAGCUCCUUGGUACAGUGCCCCUUCACAAGAACCCCCAGAAAUAACCUUGGCUGCUCGUGCAAUCCCUCAAUUUUGCCAAUUGUGGAUUUGCAGACACAGUUGAAUCUGACCAUGGCAGAAGAGAAUAUCAUUAAGCGUGGCACUCUACCCUAUGGAAGACCCAGAGUUAUCCAGAAGAACAGCACCGUCUGUCUUCUUUACCAACACCAGUUUGUGAGUGGUUACAGCCAUGACAUCCUAAUGCCCCUUUGGACGUCCUACACCGUCGACAGAAAUGACAUCUUCUCUACAGAAGACUUUUCCAACUGUCUUUACCAGGAUCUUCGAGUUUCUCUUAGUCCUGUCCAUGAAUGUUCAUUUUAUAAAAAUAAUGCUAAACUAAGCUAUGGGUUCCUCUCCCCGCCACAACUAAAUAAAGGUUCAAGUAAAAUAAAUUCUGAAGCAUUGCUUACUACUAAUAUAGUGCCAAUGUACCAGAGUUUCCAAGUUAUCUGGCACUACUUUCAUGGCACCCUACUGCAAAGGUACGCCCAAGAAAGAAAUGGCGUCAAUGUUGUCAGCGGUCCCGUCUUUGACUCUGAUUUUGAUGGACGUUAUGAUUCCUCAGAGACUCUGAAACAGAACAGCAGACGCGUCCGUAAUCAGGAGGUUCUGAUCCCAACUCACUUCUUCAUUGUGCUGACAAGUUGUAAAGAUCCAGACCAGGCUCCCUCACAGUGUGAAAAUUUAGAUGCGUCAGCUUUCAUUUUGCCUCACAGGACAGACAACAGUGAGAGCUGUGUGCACGGGAAGCAGGAAUCCUCAUGGGUUGAAGAGUUGUUGAGGUUACACAGAGCUCGGAUCACAGAUGUUGAACAGAUCACUGGACUCAGCUUCUAUCAAGAAAGAAAAGAGCCAGUUUCAGACAUUUUAAAGUUGAAAACACAUUUGCCAAUCUUUAACCAAGAAGACUGAUUUUUUUAUUCCAAAAACACAGGAUAAAUCUUUUUGAAAGAACCUUCUAUUUUCUACAGUCCUCUAUUCACACUAUUGCGUUGUUUGGAAACUGCCAACCAGUUAGACUGGGAAUCCUCUGUGAUACGACCAUCUCAGGGAAGCUUGUGGCCUCAACACAGCAGUAGGAGAGUGUCCCUUUGGAGGCUCACACAUGUUUGAAUAUGUGAGAGCUGUAUGCGUUGUUCAAGUUUGGGGAAGAGAGACAGACCAUACCAAAAACUGCUCCUACUUCUCUUCAGGGCAGAAGUAGCUGUGAACACUGUCUGGAUGCCAGAUAAUUUGAAUCUUCUUAUCAUUAGUAAACUUUUAUGGAGCUGGCAAACACUAAUGGACAGGAUUGGAAUAGUUCAUGUUACAUUAGUAUCUUCACAAGAGUUUAAAAGCGAUUCUGGAUUCCUUUUAACUUGGAGUUUCAUUUCUCUUAGUUUUAAUCCCAAAAAAUUAAUGGAAGCAAAAAUAUUUCUGAGGUCCUAUUUCUGUCUUUUCUGUACACCCCCCUCAAAAGCCAAAAUAUGUAAUCCUGUGUUAUUUUUUUUAUUGUGAUUGGGCUUUUCCAGAUUUAUUGGCUCUAACAAGUUAAACUCUGAGGGAAGAUCUGUGAAUUGGUCAUAUCUACCUGUUAUAAAAUUUUAUUCUACAUUUGUACAAAAGAAAAAUAUUCCCCUCCUGUUCACUGGUAAUUAACACAGGUUGAAAAUAGCUCUACAGGUGGUUAUUUUAGACUGUUAAAAAUGUGUCUUAUCUUGGUGAAACUUCAGAGAACUUGUCAACAUAUGCAAAGUGUCAUUUUUCAUCGAGAUGGUAGGAGUGUUGUCCUCCGUGUGCAAAAAUAACCCGACCAGCAGCAGAGCUGUGCUGUGCUGAGCUGUUCAUUUGAAGUUUCGUAGAUUUGAAGAGAACAUGUUGUCAUCACUUCAUAUCUUCUUGGUGGUUAUGAUAAAAGAACUUGAUUUCUCCUCUGUAUGGACUAUAUGCUUUAGUCCCAACCUGUGAACCCUCAAAUACUAUAGUCCCUAUUAGGUUGCUGGGGUCUGAUUUAGGGGUUAUAUUAGUACACCAAAGAUUUGUAUUUGUCCUUUAUGUGAUACUCAUUCUUCAACAGCCUUGGGAUCACAAGACCUAUAGAUAUUACAAUUUGCAUCUGAAAAUUAUUUAAUAAUUUAGAAAGUUUCAUUGGUUUUUGUUUUAAUCUCACAGGUUUCUGAGGUUCUGUACAUUGCUUUUUUUCUGGUCUGUUUUCUCUCUGUGGUCCAGAUUGGGUAAUUUCUAUU